AUGCCACCACGACGCGAACCAUCACGCGCCCAGAUCUCAAGUGGACUCAGCUACGUUGCGCAAAAACCCUCCUUCCUCGCCAACUUUGGCAAGCCUCCUCCAUCGGAACGCGAGCCAAUCCCUACCCGCCCAGACGAAGGGGAAUGGGCAGAGGACAGCGACGAGGAUGAGUGGGAUAAGAAGUUUGGUGGAGGCGAGGACGGACCGCAAGUCGUUGUGCUUAAGGAGGGAAGGCAUUUGAGUGCGGAUGAGGUUGCCAAGGAGCGGCGGAGGGCCAAGGGCGAGCGCACAGCAUCCCCGGAUCCCGAGACAUCUGCUGUCCUUGCCAAACUGUCUGCAGUCGCAAAGGAGCCUAUAACUAAGCAAGGACCAAUACACAAGGCGAAGCGCAAACUCGUCGGCGAGGCAGUUGAACACGAAGAAAAAGCAGAGGAGGCAGGGGAAAAGAAGAAGAAGAAGAAGAAGAAGGCCAACAAGCAGAUGCUGAGCUUUGACGAGGCGGAGGGGGAGUAG